CACGCGCAUGUUGGGUCAGGCUGUUGGUUCAACUUUUCAGUCUUCAUUCAUUAGUAGAUUUUGGAUCCACUGCAGGAAUAAUGAUGUACUGUAGAACGGCUUGGCAAAGACUCGCGCCUCUGGCAAGCAAAACACUCUCUCCGUUAUCCAGAAAUGCUGUACCAACACGUCAGAUGUCCUUUGGACUACCUGCAUCAGGCACAAACAUCGCCUACAUGAUGCUUGGUGGAGGCUCACUAACUGUUGCUCUUAUUUAUGCUUAUAAGACAAUAAACUCUGACAGCACAAGAUAUAAUGACAGAAUCGCUCCAAUCGAUGCCAGACCUAAGAGAGUAGCAGUCGCAGUGGCCGAGGCAUCCCCAGAAGCAGCCUCAGCUGUGGAAACUGAAGCAGUGGAACGUUCCACCAUCGCUGAGACCACCGUCGCAGAGCCUAUCAUUGAGGUGGUUGCUGCAGAACUCACCCCUGCUGCUGCAGAGGCUUCUGCUAGUGAGGCUUUUGUUGCUUCAGAAGAAGCUCCUGCAGAACUCUUGGUUGCUGCAGCAGUAGAGGCUGAGGAAUCCAUUGUAGAGGCGGUAGCACCUGCAAUUGAGGAACCCGCUACACCUCUUGUUGAGGAUGUUGCAACUGAGGCUCCCGUUGCAGAGACAGCUGCUUUCCACAUGUCUGACCUACAGAGCACUGUGAAAAUCAUUGCUGGGUCUACAGCAGAGAUUGCAGCUGCUUCAGUUGGAGAUGAGCAUUUGGUGGCAGCAGUGAGGCUGACUGAAGAGAAGAGUUCUGUGGAGACCCUUAAUGAGUUGGAGGUUGCUGAUGUUAAAGCAGAGGUCCUAGCAGAAGCAUCUGUAACUGAAGAAGCAAAAACAGAAGGGGAACUGGAAGAACAGCCCUCAACACCUGCAGUAGAAAAGGUUACAGUUGAAGCAGCAGCAGUGGACAAUGUCGAGUCUGAGGCAGACAGCCCUGUUGAAGUUGAAGUUUCCAUUGAAGUCUCUGCCUCAGUAGCAGGAGCCUUUGAGGAACUCGUUGUUAUAGACAUGGAGGAAGAGAAUACAUUGUGUCAUGAGCCAGUCGACACAGAAAUUGAGCAUGUAGACAUUACAAUGCCACCAGCGGCCCUGGAGAAAGCACUACAGACCACAACACAGGCAUCACAGGAAAUUGUUACUCAAACAAUGGAUGAUGUGGAGGAAGCUAAGCCAGCUGAAGUUGCAGAAGAAGCUGUUGAAAGUGAAAAUAUUAUGAUGGCCAUGCCGCAAGCAUGAGGUGAACAUUCCACAGAAAGCAAGACUGAAAACAAUAUAAACCAAAGGAUCUAACAUACAGAAUACAUAAAUAAAUUAUAUACAAUACUGCUUCUAUAGUCAUGAGAUGACUGUGGUGAUCUUAUUCUUUCCACUUGAAAAGGACAUACUCUUCAAAGAGAACAGUAUUUUUAUGAUAUUUCAUCAUUUACAGUCUCUGUUAGUCUCUGUCUUUUUAGGCUAAAUUAAUGUCCUUUUACUCAAAGAGACCUAGAUCAUAGAGGGAAAGUUUCAGUAACAGGUAUUAUAAAAUGAAAAUGUCAGAAAUACACAACAUAGCCAUACCAAUAAUAUUGUGUUUGUUGAUUGAGUUAGAAAUCAUGCUGUCACAUCCACACCCGAAGUUCAUCAACUUUAUUUACAAUUGAAUAUUACCUACCACUCACAUUUUCAGUAUCUUGUCUGUGUCUGUUUCUGUAUUUCUGAACGUUGUUUUUCUUAGUCUUUCUCAAAACUGUUUAUUUUUACUUCUAUCUGGCAUUUUUUUUUUUUUUUUUUUUGUAUAUAUAAAUAUCUUUCAUUUUUAUUCAAGCAAAUUAUUUAUUUAAUUUAAAUUAUUUACUUUAUUGAAUUCCUCUGAAUUGUUCUUUAAUUUAAAUCAGUAACCAAAUAGUCUUGGACUUUUUACAGUAAUUUAUUUUUUUGAAACUGUAGAUGGUUUAAAGGUACAGAACCGGUUUUUGUAGUGAUUGAGAAGAAAUGAAAAAAAUCUGAUUUUGGUGCAAUCAAGGGUGUAGAUUUGGCUUCAACAUUAGGGGGUUGCAGCGUGAAGCAUUUACUUGUUUCCAUUAAUCAUGGUAUAAAUAUUGGGAGGGUUGCACUUACUUGUUUUGAUUAUUGGGGGGGGGGGUUAUCUCCCAUCCCCCUGGAAUCUACGCCCCUGGGUUCAAUUUUCAUUGUCAAAACAUUACUGUUGCAAAUAUAACUCAGAUCUGUGGCAUCAUGGAUGUUACUUUGAU